AUGUCAUUUGUUCAAGAACUUCAUGAGAAAUUCAGCAAAGAAUUCAACGUGUCGGUGUCCCAUCCACUUACCAACGAGCUUUGUCACGGCACUCUUCCUGACUAUAAGCUUUAUACGUAUUUAGUUCAGGACCUCAAGUUCUUCCAGGACGGCUUGAAGAUUUUCGGAGCAGCUUUGACCCACUGUGACGACAAAGAUGCAGCUAUUGUUCUCGGAAAGCAGAUCGGGUUUGUAUGCAACGACGAGAAUACGUAUUUCCAUACAUGCUUGGAUCAAUUGAGGAAAGAUUCUACCAGUGAGUUGCAAGCGCAUGUACCGGACAUGGUAACGUCCGCUCCUGUACUCCCAGGCACAAAGAAAUACUUGAAUGAGCUUGAGCGGUUGGCGUUUUGCCAAGACUAUCCUAGAAUCAUCACUUCAAUGUACGUGAUGGAGAAAUGUUAUCUCGGAUGGGUAGUUCAUAAUGGAAAGUUGCCAAAAUUGGAGUACAAGCACCAAGAGUGGGUUAAUUUACACAGCGGACCUGAGUUUGCAGCCUGGGUUGACUUUCUUGCUUCAGAAGUCGACAGAGUUGCGAAAAACGAAGAUAGGAAGAAACGCAUGACCACGGCGUUUGCUUCGACGGUGCAGUUGGAAAUUGACUUUUUUGAGGCGUGCUACAACUAUGGACAAUAG